AUGGCGAAUUUUGUAUCCCAAAGAAUAAGCGAUUUACUGCGUUUACGCGAGGAAAGCGUAGACAUACCAGUAGUUGGUGUGAACGGAACUCGAAGUACAGUGAAAUUCAGAGUCAAUGCUACCGUAAGGUCUAGAGCUUCGGACUGUGUGAUCUCCUUGGACUUAUUGAUAGUACCACGCGUGACAGGAGCACUACCAGGAAUGCAGUUGGACACUUCAAAUUGGCCGAUACCAGAUGAGCUUCAGUUGGCAGAUCCAGGGUUCUUCCGCUCCAGUCGCGUGGACAUGCUUAUUGGAGCAGAUGUUUUCUAUGAGCUGAUGCAAGCAGGGAAAAUUAUGAUGUCCGACGAACUUCCAUUGCUGCAGGAAAGUUUGCUGGGAUGGCUGGUGGCUGGAUCUUUUAAUGCUGAUCGAGGUGUAUCCAGCGUCAAGAUUUGCCAGGCGGAAGUUAACGAUAGGAGGGAUGAUCAUCUGAGUUUGUUACUGGAACGUUUUUGGAUGAUUGACGACAAAAUGACCGAACCCUUGAAUGAUGCUUGCGAAAGACAUUUCCGGGCUUCGUAUACCAGAGGAAAGGACGGUAGAUAUAUCGUGCAGCUUCCAUUCAAGGAAGAUGCAAAUAGACUAGGGAAUUCGAGAGACCAAGCGGAGAAGAGAUUCAAGGCUCUAGAGAAAAGACUGGAGAAGUGCCCUGAAGUAAAGAAAAUGUACUCGGAUUUUGUGAAUGAGUACAGAGUACAGAGUAGAUUUGGGCCAUGCAAGAGUUUUGGAUGCUGA